CUGGGCGGCAUCUCCUGUCCUUAUCACGACUCGUCAGCCUGCUAGUCAAGCCUCCCGCAUCUCACCGCCGUCGCGAACUUUCAACAUGCGGAUCGCGCAGCUGACACUUGUUGGACUUGUCGGUGAAAUUCUGCAUGCGCCAGCAUCGGGGGCUGCAUGUGCUCGAGAUCCCCGACGAUGUGCGGGCCACCCACCCCAUCAUGCCGUCCUGGAUCUCGGCGCAUCUGGCUUCCCCAUUCCUGCUUGUCUCCCGCUCCCCUCUUUCUGGGCGAUAAGCACAACAACUACUAGUCUAGCUACUCAUGAACCAACCCAAAGUCAAAGCGGGCUGAUUAGUAUACAUAGUAGCGAGCUGACCCCCAUCUUGGCGCGCAUCUGCCAACCAGCCAACCACCUCGCAUCGUGGACGCCUUCUCGAUCGCGGUGUCGCCGACAUUGCCUUGCUGCCAAGGACCGAUCACAUUCAUCUACGUAUCACGGUAUCUAUGCUAUCGCGGGCGGGGUUGAGACAGGUCCCUGGAUCCGGCGUCCUGAGACAUGCAUGCGGGCAGGUUGACCAUCUCAGGUCGCGAUGCACACAUUUGCAUCUCGUUUCUGAGAUGGCUGCCGCCUGCCGUGAGGGCUUUGUCUGUAAGCCACUAGAGUUUCGACGUGCAGCUUAGCGGUGAAAAGCUCGUAGAAUUGAUGCCACGGGUAUAUCGAC